AUGUCCAAGACAAACUCUGUUGAACCAGAGAUUGUACACAAUGUUUCUUAUGUGGAGCAGUUCAAAGAAGGCCUAAGAGAUUUGUCGGCCAAGAAAGCGGUGAUAGAGCGCAUGACCCAAUUGGCGAACAAUGCAGCUGAUGAUGCGCGCCUCAUCUGCAAAAUGAUUGAAACAAAACUAUUCAAUUCAAAUAAACAAACCAAAAUCUUUACAUUUUAUCUCAUUGAUAGUAUUAUUAAGGCUCUCCCUGCAUAUAACACCUUGUUUGCCCCUAGAAUUUAUGACUUGUUUGUUCAUGCCUACACUACUUGCAGCACCACUGAUCUUCGAGACAAAUUGAUGGAGUUGGCUGGCACAUGGUCAGGGGAUAUACCUUCAUUCUCGAAAGAUAUAUUAGACAAAGUUAACCGGUUUCUACAGAAGGCGUCCCAUGUCACUAACAAGGAAAAUAUAAAGGCACAAUUAACUCCCGAUGGAUUGACAAACGCAUUGAGGGAGUUGUUACGAUACACUAUACACUUGGAUUGGAAAUUGACCACGAUACAGGACGACUUGAAGUAUCUCAGUGAGAGAGAAUUAGGGUUGUACAAAUACUUUAACAACGAGAGAAACAACUUGGUGAGUAAGAUCAACAAUGUCUUGGAUUCUAUUCAGGAUGAUAUGAGGCCUAAAUCUGUAGGUGAGAAUAUGGCUUCGGUAUUCAUUCAAAUACCACACCAGUUCAAGCUUCAUGCGCCAAGGUAUGGACAAGAGUUGUACGAUGCAAGGCUGGCAUUGGAUAGACUUUGCCAACAACAAGACGAAUUUUUAGAAGACAUCAGAACUCAUUCUGAAUCACUUGAAACGGGACAAAAGAGAAAAGAUGCAGUUAGACAAAGGAGGAUGAAAUUCGAAAACUUUUUGCAGGAAAAUUGUGUUGUUAUUAACUUCACACCAAAAUCAGAUAUAUUUAAAAUGUCGCAACAAGAUUUCAAAAAAGUGAUACGUAAUUUUGGAAUUGUUGCUGUUGAUAAAGAAUCUGUUCAAAAAGUAACCGAUAAUAAGAUUGAAGAGCCGAGUGUGGAGUCAGUACAUAAGCGAGACCCUGAUGGUACCGAUGGAGAAAAAGUAGCUAAAGUCAAGAAGGAAGUCAUCAACGAAUCAUUACAACCAACUUUAGGCGAUGAUGUGUUAGGAUUGUUUGGCGGCUAUGGUAACAGCAGUAUAUUCGGUAACUCUGAAAAUAAAAACAGAAAAGUGACAGCCCACAAUGGUGCAUUGUUUGGUCAUUCAAGUGCGAAAGACAAAGCUGCAGAAGGUCACAAUGAUUCUUCACAUAGUUCACAUCAAUCAAAGGAGAACUUGGAUGUUGAAGUUACGCCUGUGGUAUCUUGUAUUGAUGAUGGAAAUGAAGAUCUGCAACAAGAUGGUACACAUCAAGUGUCUGAUUCUGUCAAUUUAAAAUCAGCUAAAGGUUCAAAAGGCGUCCCUGACAAGAAAGUGGAGAGUACUAUUAGUAGUUGCGAGGGAUUAAGCACGUCUGAUGUUAUCACCAAGAUAGAAAAUGAGACAGAUGUUCCCUUUAAUCUGGUGUCGUCAAAUUCGUUUCAUUCGUCUGCAAGUGUCAACCGGCAUAAAACAGAUGUAGACGGCGAUUUGGAGAUGUCAAAGGAAAAUUGGGAUCCAUAUGCUCUGGUAGGGGCUCAGGUGAACUCUAAGCUGAGUGAUCAUUUUACUCUGUCGAGUUUGGACGUUGAGAAUUUUGAUAGGACCAAGUUUAUUCUGGAUAAUUCUGGUUGCAGUGACGACAAAAAAGGUACUGCUCAUGGUGAUGGAUCGAAAUCAGAUUCUGUUGGACAAAACGUAUGGAUGCAAGACAUAGAAGACGAUUUUGAAAAUCUAGAGAGUGCUUUCAACGAACCAACGAGGCCAUUACUGAAAGACAAAGAAGAUGAUAUACCGAAUUCCGAGAGAGUUUUCAAUGAGCCAGCUAAGCCUUUUCCCUCGCCAGAGAAAUCAAUGGCAGAAUCAGCUGGUGGACCAAAAUCAAAUGAUAACCUCAAAAGAGUUGAAGAUCAGGAGACUGUUGCUGAAAAAGUGUUGCAGAAGGAAAAUAUUUCCCACAAUGAACUGUUACCACUGGCUGAUUUGGAAUCGAAUUUGCAUCAUUUCCAGCUGGAUGAUAUCCUGUAUGAUCCUACACAAGAACACCAAGGGCUUACUUCCAACCAACUAUUAGGCAAUGCAUACAAACCCUCAUUAACUAGCACAGUGUCAGCGCCACAAGUGUCAGUGUCAGAGUCAUCUGAAAAUACUGCAGACGCAAAUUCAGAUGUAUCCCUGGCAAAGCUUGAACAACCAACUCCACCCCUUCCACCUCAUACAUUGGACUCGAAUUCAUAUCCAGUUCCUGGCGGCUCAUCGUUAGAUUUUGAUGCUUCACAGAUUGGGUUUAGACCGCCAACACCCCCAAAUGCAUCACAUGCACAUGUUAUUAGAUCAAAAGAUUCGCCCGUGGAACAACCAGUUGGUCCACCACAAGCUUCUAACUCGUUAAAGAGGUUAAGAACAUCACCGGGGGUGGAAGAAAGUUCUUGCAAAAGAUUGAAGCUGUCGCCUUCACAACCAUUAGAUUCUAUGGACUCUAAUUCGCAUAAAGUGACAGCAUCAGUGGCACCACCACCAGCAGCGGCACUGGCAGUUACAGAUGAAGUAAAUCCAGCUGAAUUCAAACUGUUCGAAAACAUAGCUCAAAAGUCAGAAACUGAUGUGCCCCCUCCACCAAGUAAAUCCGAACUUGGUAGAAAGCUUAGUCUUAGUGAGUUUAAGUUAAAAAGACAAAGGACUGAUUUGCAUACGGCGCCAUUAGCAAUUUCUUUAGCACUGGCCAAUGACAGUGUAAGCAAUGCAAAUACAGCACUGACCACUACUGCUACUACUAUUACUACCACCAAUGCUACUACUGCAUCAACCGUUCAGCGAUCAUUGUCGAAUCAACCUGCUGGAAAACUACACCCCCCAACUGGCUUGAGAUCAAUUCUUCGGGACUCUGUAUCUGUAGAGGGGGAAAAUAAAGUGAGGAAAAGAGUUAGGUGGGAUCCUGCAUUAAUUGAAUAA